GUUAUUAUCCUUAUUAAAUUAAACUUUCCUUCCUUACGUAUACUUGGUGACGGUUUAUUAACAACAUUAGUUAUUUAUAAACUGUAAUACAUACAAAUUUCCUGGCCUGAGAGUCACAAAACAGUGAUGACGGGGAAUGAGAAGGAGAAGCCGCCGGACCCCGGUGGUGGCAAUUCCAUGGAUUUGACGAACGAUUCUGAUGCAAUGGAUACUGAGACUCAAACAAGGAAAAGAAACGCUAAAUCUCUGGAAUUGACACCAACCGACUUGUCCCGUGAACCACAAGAAAAAAGACCAACACAGGGUGACAUCAGUAAUGCAUCUAUCUCCACUUUAUAUAAACACCCCGACCUCGAUAACGAAACACGUUCCCAGCACAAUUCCUAUCACCAAAUCAAAAUUAUUCACCGAACAUUCUUAUCGUGCGUGGUACGUCUUUCAACGUCGUCAUUGGCAAAAUCCCUCCUGCCAAUACCACAAGAGGGGAAAGCCAUAAUAAAAAAAAAAAAAAAUAAAAAAAAAAUAAAGCCUAGUCACAGAGUAAAGAAAUACAAUUACGAUGCCCGUAGCUUGCAGGGCUGGUUGUGGCAAAAACGCUGUACUAAAGCGUCCAAAAACUGGUGAUGCGCUGUGCAAAGAAUGUUUCUAUUGGGCCUUCGAGACAGAAAUACACUACACAAUCACAAAAGGCGAACUUUUUAACAGAGGAGAUGCAGUCGCAAUUGCUGCUUCUGGUGGCAAGGACUCCACAGUGCUGGCGCACGUGAUGAAGACCCUCAACCAGCGGUACGACUACGGCCUGAACCUGAUGCUGCUCUCUAUAGACGAAGGUAUAACUGGAUACAGAGAUGACAGUCUUGAAACAGUUAAACAGAACAGGGACGACUAUGAAAUGUCUUUAAAAAUCUUAUCAUACAAGGAUUUGUAUGGGUGGACGAUGGAUGAAAUAGUAGCGCAAAUUGGUAGGAAGAACAACUGUACUUUUUGUGGAGUGUUCAGAAGGCAGGCGUUGGACCGGGGGGCGGCUAUGCUUGGGGUGAAAUGCAUAGCGACGGGGCACAAUGCUGAUGAUAUUGCAGAGACAGUGCUCAUGAAUGUGCUGCGAGGAGACAUAGCCAGGUUGAAGAGGUGCACUGCUAUAUCUACUGGCAGUGAAGGAACAAUCCCUCGUGUGAAGCCGCUCAAGUACACCUACGAGAAAGAGAUAGUAAUGUACGCACAUUACAAGAAGCUGGUGUACUUCUCAACGGAGUGUGUAUUCGCGCCCAACGCGUAUCGCGGCCACGCGCGGGCGCUCCUCAAGGAUAUGGAGAAGAUCAGGCCCAUGUGUAUUAUGGACAUUAUUUAUUCAGGUGAAACAAUGGCAGUGAAAGAGGAAGUAUCUCUCCCUUCACAAAGGAUAUGCGUGCGGUGCAAAUUCGUCUCCUCACAGGAAGUCUGCAAGGCCUGUGUACUCCUUGAGGGCCUGAACAAAGGCCUGCCCAGGCUAGGAAUAGGAAAAAGUUCUAAAGCCAAGAAAAUGUUAGAAGAGUACAAUGCCAAGCAACCUGGGAGUAAGCUAGACAAAGCUAUCAAAGAUCUAAAUGAUGAAUCUGUAUAUACUAAAAGCAAAGGCAGGUGCAAGAAUAAGGAGAACUGUAGUAACUGUUCAGGAAAAUGUGCUAAAGAAGCGAAUGAAACAGAAAGUAAUUCAAAGAUAAACGGUCUACUAGAGCAAUAUGGCUUAGAGAACACACCAAAUGUACAGGUAAAUGGACAUGAUGAUGAACAGAUUCCGGAUGAAGACGAUGGUUGUUCCGGAUCCUGUGGUAAAUUAGGAUCAAUGCAAAUAGGUUUUUAAAAUCUAUUAAAUUAUACACAAGUUAAUAUAAAAUGUUUAUUA